ACAGAAGCGAGGGGAGUAAAGGGGCAAAAAACCCUCAAUAAUCCGUUGGUAUUCAUUUCGCUUCACAAUCGGCCACCGGAGACUGGGAAUUGCAGCCUGAAUCUACUGGAUCUAAACCCCUGCUACAUUAAAUCAUCUGUAACUGAUACUAAUGCAACCUUUAGGGUUUACUUCAUCAUUAGAAUUUGCGCAAAGUUUUACCAAAUCUUACUAGUUGAAGCCGUCCGUUUUUCGUGGAUCCGAAGAUGAGCUAUCGCAGGGACAAUCGUGCAUCUAGAAGUGCUCUAUUUGAUAACCUUGAUGGCAUUGAAGAAGGUGGUCUCAGGGCUUCUUCAUCAUAUGCAGAUGAACAAGAAAAUGAUAAAUCUUUAAAUAUUCUGCAAGACAAAGUUGUCUUUCUAAAGAGAUUGACUGGUGAUAUACAUGAUGAGGUGCAGAGUCAUAAUCGCAUGUUGGACAGAAUGGGUAAUGGGAUGGAUUCUGCAAGGGGGAUUAUGUCAGGAACUAUGGAUCGCUUCAAAAUGGUUUUUGAAAAAAAAUCAAGUAGAAGAACAUGUAAACUUGUGAUGUAUUUUGUCAUGUCAUUCUUCAUCAUAUACUACCUGUUCAGAGUUGGUAAAAAAACUUGAUGUUGGAGAUGGUAAUCCGGAGUUGAUUCACUUUAGAGCUUCUAUUUCUAAGUCUCUCAUUGAUCUAAAUAAGAUGGAAGCUAUGGAGUUAUCUUAGAGAGCUAAAGUUCGUGGUCAAUAGAAGGUGAUGAAAAUACCAGUUAUUUUCAUGGUAUUAUUAAUAAAAAGAGAAACCAAAGAGCAUUUAGAGGUGUUUUUUUCUAAUGGUGACUGGAUUGAAGACCUUUUUUUGGUCAAAAAAAGAUUUUUUUUUUUCUCAUUUUUCUGAUAGGUUUUCGCUGCCUUGUACUUCUCGAAUCCCACUUGAUCUCGAAUUUCCUUCCCAACUUUUUGGAUCAGCUCUUGGUCUUGGACGGUGAGAUUUCGAGAGAUGAAAUUAAACGGGCUGUCUGGGAUUGUGACUUUGAUAAGUUUCCAGGUCCUGAUGACUUUACUUUUGAGUUUUUUUAGAAGAUAUUAGAGCAUAGUUGAGAAUUCGGUUGUGGCUGCAGUGCAACAAUUUUUUAUUUCUGUUUUUUUUUCAACUGGUUGUAACUCGUCGUUUAUAACUCUGAUUCCGAAAAUUUAUGAUGCUAAGAUCUCUUGCAUUGCUUUUUAAAUGGGUGUGGAGUUUUAGAACUAAUCGGGCUUCUUUAUGAGCUCCUGUUGUGAAAGCGAUCCAUAAGGAAAAUGCUCUUUUUAAUUGUGAUACUUUUCCUCAUCAAAGAUCAGUUUGGAUUGACAUCAUUCAAGCUAUUCUUGAUUUACGAAUUAAAGGUAUAAAUCUCUUCGAUAGCUACAAGAAGUUAAUUGGUAAUGGUGAUAAUAUUCGUUUUUGGACGGAUGUAUGCCUGAGAGAAAUUCCUCUUAAAGUCUGUUUUCCCCGCUUGUUUUUGUUAGAAACUGACAAAAAAGUUUUUGUGGCUUUUAAGUGUAGUAUUUUUUUUCUUGGUUGGAUUCUUUUCGUCGUUCUCUUCUUGGUG